AUGGAAGGGGUGAACAAUGAACCGCCAACCGCCAAGGUGGACCCCUGGACGAGCGCUAUGAAUGAAACGGCCCAAAACAUCAACUCUAACCAAACGAAAUAUAGCAUAAACCUAAAUGAGUUUCAUAACCUGCUGUUUAUAAUUUCUCUCCUGUUCGGAGUGGCAUUUCUGUUUUAUCUGCUUGUAAUACUGUAUAGUAUUUUUUUUAAGGAAUCCAAACCAAACAAAAUAGUUUUACUCUUGGGUCCAUGUGAUAGUGGGAAGACGACUUUCCUGUUCAAAUUAAAGACAGACAAAUUAUGCACAACAGUUCCUUCUAUGAAAGAAAAUGUAGCCUUUAUAAAUUUAAAGAGUAACAAAUGGAAGAAGUGCGUUCGCUUUGUGGACUUCCCUGGACACCCCAAAUUGUCCUUUGCUCUAAAUAAGUAUUUCAAUAUCACCAAUGUUAUUGUUUACAUUUUGGACUGCUCGGAUCGCCAGGCCCUCAAAGUCGUUGCGGAGAAACUGUUCGAUUUGUACACCAACAAAGUUGUCGUGAAGAAGCAAAUUCCCCUCAUCAUAUUUUGCAACAAGACGGACUUGUGCAACUCGCGCCCGAAGCAAGUCAUUAAGGAUGACUUGGAGAGGGAAAUCGAAAUUUUAAAAAUGUCCAAAUAUAACAGCCUGGAUGAUGACUACAACGAAGAAACGGAGUUUUUACUUGGCACGAACUCGGAAUUCUUUCGAUUUGAAAAGGCGCCAUGUCAUACGGAAAUUUGCAGCGGAUCUGUAAAGAACAACAACAUUGACGAAGUGGUGGAACUUAUAAAGAAAUUUUACUAG